AUCGCCUCGGGUCUGAUCGACUGCUACAGUUCAAAGCACUGCUGGCACAAGUACCCGGGCACCCUGGAGCUGCUGGAUAGCCUGCAUGGUCGGCGUGACCUCGUCCUCGGCGUCGUCUCGAACUUUGACGAGCGGCUCGGGAUUGUCCUCGACUCGACUGGGCUGCGCUCGUACUUUGCCUUCGUCCUCACCUCGUACGGUUUUGGGAUCCAGAAACCGAGCCCGGCCAUAUUUCAGGAGGCACUGCGGCUGGCGUCCCUGGGACUGAGCCGGGAGAUCAGGCCCGAGGAGGCCGUGCACGUUGGCGAUCGGCUGGACAACGAUUUUUUGGGGGCACGUGGGGCAGGCUGGAACGCAGUUUUGAUCGAUCGCGACGGCAAGAACGAAGAAGACCAACGGCUCGGCUCGAGAGACGUCGUCGUCGACUUUCGGGGCCUGAAGGAGUACUUUGACCGUUUGUUCGACAAGAAGGCGGUCUGCGACCGGUGAUCGGUCCAAGCACGUUAUUGCUCUCUGUUGGAUCGAGGAGCAAACUUUUUUU